GGGCUGCGCUGUUGGACUCAGAACACGCUGUAGAAAACAUGGCGGAGGAGCACGAGAUAAACGAGGCAGAAAUAAAUGCUAUAAAUGAAGAAAAAGCAGAAAACAGCAAUGAAGAGGAAACAGCAGAAAACACGCACAGCUUCAAAGAGUUGGGAGUUACAGAAGUGCUGUGUGAAGCGUGUGACCAACUGGGCUGGAAGCGGCCGACUAAAAUCCAGGUAGAGGCCAUUCCUGUGGCUCUGGAAGGACAUGAUGUGAUUGGAUUGGCUGAGACAGGUUCAGGUAAGACAGGAGCAUUUGCAUUGCCAGUCCUGCAGUCCCUGCUGUCCCACACGCAGCGUCUCCACACACUUGUUCUUACGCCCACACGUGAGCUUGCCUUCCAGAUAGGAGAGCAGUUUGAGGCUUUGGGUUCCAGCAUCGGAGUCAAAACAGCUGUCAUUGUAGGUGGAAUUGACAUGAUGUCACAGGCACUCGUGCUGGCAAAAAAACCUCACAUAGUGAUUGCAACGCCUGGUAGGUUGGUAGAUCACCUGGAGAACACCAAAGGAUUUAAUCUGAGAGCACUGAAGUUCUUGGUCAUGGAUGAAGCUGACAGAAUCCUCAACAUGGACUUUGAGUCAGAGGUGGAUAAGAUUUUGAAGGUUAUUCCCAGAGACCGACGCACAUUCCUUUUUUCUGCCACAAUGACUAAAAAGGUUCAAAAGUUGCAGAGAGCAGCUUUAAAAGACCCAGUGAAAUGUGCUGUUUCCACCAAAUAUGCCACAGUGGACAAACUACAGCAGUAUUACAUUUUUAUCCCAGCAAAAUACAAGGACUGUUAUCUUGUGUCUAUCCUGAAUGAGCUGGCAGGAAACUCCUUUAUGGUUUUCUGCAGUACAUGUAAUAAUGCCCAGCGGGUGGCACUGUUGCUCAGAAACCUGGGCAUCACUGCCGUCCCGCUCCAUGGGCAGAUGAGUCAGAAUAAACGUCUGGGAGCUUUAAAUAAGUUUAAGUCGAAAUCCCGCUCUGUGCUGCUGGCCACUGAUGUGGCAUCCCGUGGGCUGGACAUUCCUCAUGUGGACUGUGUUAUUAACUUCGAUAUUCCUACACACUCAAAGGACUACAUCCAUCGUGUGGGCAGAACAGCACGAGCUGGACGGUCAGGGAAAUCAAUCACCUUUGUAACACAGUAUGAUGUAGAGCUUUUCCAGCGUAUUGAGGCUCUAAUUGGGAAGAAACUUCCUGCCUUCCCAAUCCAGGAAGAGGAAGUGAUGAUGCUGGUGGAGCGAGUGAGCGAAGCUCAAAGAUUUGCUCGUAUUGAAAUGAAGGAGCAGGGGGAGAAGAGGAAAAGGCCAAGAGGAGGAGAUGAAGAUGGUGAUGAUGCCGAACAGUCCAGCGGCGUGAGGAAGAAAGUGAAAGGAGGAAGGUUCAGAGGAGGGAAAGGCGGUGGGUUUAGGAGAGGGCGCUAGAGCUACCUUUAUUAGAGUGCUUUGUACAUAAAACUUUAGUGAUCAUUUUCUGUGUCUGUGUCAUGUGGAAUAAAUGUUGCCUUUACCCACC